GUCCGAACAAGGUUCAAGUUUGAAAUUCUCAACUUGCUUCGAAUUCCUUCGUUAAACCCCGUUCUGCGGCCUCUGCUUGACAUCACACUCCCUAUUUGUUACUCACAGCUCUCAUUUCUUAUUUACUGCGGUCCAAAAACCCAUCGAUCUGCCCGCGAGGCAAGCUCGAAUCAAUAGAAAUAUCUGUCUCAAUAGCAUCUACUAUCCAUGAUAGGGAUCACACUGUACGACGUCCUUGCGAUCCCAACUACCGCUUCUACGGAUGAUGUGAGGAAGGCAUACAAACAGAAAGCUCUUGAGACACACCCUGACAAGCUCGAGCCUACCGUGACGGAGCAAGAGCGUCGCGAUGCAGAGGGAAGGUUCAGAAAUGUAUGCGAGGCAUUUGAGGUGCUCAGUGAUCCAGUGAAAAGGAAGGCCUACGAUGACCGCGUUCAGCUUGCUCAGAAGAACAAGAAACAUUGGGAUGAGCAGCACGACAGGCGGGUCAAGACGCGCGAAGAGUGGGCACGUCAAGUCAAGGAACGCAGCGAGGCUCGUAUGAAAGAACGUGCGGACUUCUAUGAGAACCUCAAGCGUAUAAAGGAGGAAAAGCAGCGAUAUGUGGAAAUGGUUGAGCAAUUCUAUCAAGAGCUGCGCGACUGCCACCCAGAGUGGGAAUCGAGGAGGCAGGCCGCGCUACAGUGGAAAGAGAUGGCGGACAAAGGCCAAAUACCACGACGACACACAACUCGCAUUUAGCAAGGCGAACUCGACUGACAGUUUUAUCUUAUGGUUCGUUUCAGUGGGUAUUUUGCUUUAUUUAUCUCCCAACGCUGGAGUUUUUAUUCGCGAUACUGUUGUACUUCUAUAUUUUGCUUCCUUCUGCAAUCCCUUG